AUUGCUCAACACAGAGAAGGUUGGGCAGUGAAACCAUCAUCUGGAAAUCGGUCAGGUCAGGGGAGCUUUGAUAUAUCAUCAGAUCUGAAACUGGUCAGUGGCGUGGGACCUUCCAUCAGAACCAACCUUUCCGAAGGUUCGGCUGUGGGCGAUUGGUCAGGGUGAGGCUGGGAAGAAGUGUAAGUGGCUCCAAGUGUGGUGAGAGCUUCCAUCAUUCAUCGAGCCUCAUGGACCACUGACUCAUUCCUACAGGUGAGAGGCUGUUCAAGUGUGAGGUGUGUGAGGAGGGAUCCACAGGUUCCUAAGAUCUCCUGAUGCACAAGGUGCAUCUGUUGAACCUCUGUUAUCACAAGGCCAGCCACAUGGAAGAGAAACCAUUCAAGUGUCAGGUGUGCAACAAAUCAUUCUCGUGCUCAUCUCACUUUCUUAUACACCAACGCACUCACACAGGGGAGAAACCAUUUACCUGUGAUGUGUGCAGCAAAUCAUUCUCUCAGUCAGUGACCCUCCGUGUCCACCAACGCAUUCACACAGGGGAGAAACCAUUCAAGUGUAAGGUGUGUGACAAAGCCUUCACACAGUUAUCGAGCCUCCUGGUCCAUCAGGCAAUCCACACAGGGGAGAAACCGUUCAAGUGUGAAGCUUGUGAUAAAGCUUUUCCGACAUCUACAAGACUCCUGGAACACCAGAGCAUUCACACCGGGGAGAAACCAUUCACCUGCAGAGUGUGCGACAAAUCAUUCUCACGCUCAUCUCAUUUUCGUGUACACCAACGUAUUCACACUGGGGAGAAACCAUUCACGUGUGAAGUGUGUAACAAAUCAUUCUCACAGUCAUCGACUCUCCGCGAACACCAACGCCUUCACACUGGGGAGAAGCCAUUCAAGUGUGAGGUGUGUAAUAAGGGAUUUGCACAACUACCAGGCCUGGUGAGUCACCGGCGCAUUCACACAGGGGAGAAGAAAACAUUCACGUGUGAGGUGUGUAAUAAAGCUUUUGUGAAACCUUCAAGCCUCCUGAUUCAUCAGAGGAUUCACACGGGGGAGAAACCCUUCAAGUGUGAAGUAUGUGAAGCGGCUUUCACCAGUUCCUCCAAGGUCCUGAGACACCAGAGGAUUCACACGGGAGAGAAGCCUUUCACUUGUGAGGUCUGCAACAAAUCAUUCUCACAGUCAUCAGACCUCCGUGUACACCAACGUACUCACACAGGGGAGAGACCGUUUACAUGCGGGGUCUGUGAUGAAUCAUUCACACAGUCAUCAACCCUCCGUGUCCACCAACGCAUUCACACUGGGGAGAAACCAUUCCCAUGCGAAGUUUGCAACAAAUCAUUUUCCGAUUUAUCGGCCCUCCGGAGACAUGGACGCAUUCACACAGGGGAGAAACCAUUCACAUGCGAGGUGUGUAACAAAUCAUUCUCACGGUCAUUGGACCUCCGUGUACACCAACGCAUUCACACAGGGGAGCGACCAUUCACAUGCGAGAUAUGCGAUGAAUCAUUCACUCAGUCAUCAAGCCUCCGUGCACACCAGCGCAUUCACACAGGAGAGAGACCAUUCACAUGCGAGGUGUGUGACAAAUCAUUCUCGUGGUCAUCGACCCUCCGUGUCCACCAACGCACUCACACAGGGGAGAGACCGUUCACAUGCGAGGUGUGUGAUGAAUCAUUUUCAUGGUCAUCGGCCCUCCGUGUACACCAACGCAUUCAUACAGGGGAGAAACCAUUCAAAUGUGAGGUGUGCAAAAAAUCAUUUGCGCAGUCAUCAAACCUCCUUGUACACCAACGCACUCACACAGGGGAGAGACCAUUCACGUGUGAGGUGUGCGACGAAUCAUUCUCACGGUCAUCAACUCUCCGUAUACACCAACAUAUUCACACAGGGAAGAAACCAUUCAAGUGUGAGCUGUGCAACAAAUCAUUCUCGCGGUCAUCGAACCUCUGUGUACAUCAACGCAUUCACACAGAGGAGAGACCAUUCAAGUGUGAAGUGUUUGACAAAUCAUUCUCACAGUGACUAAAACUGCUGCUGCAUCAGACAGUCCACAGAAGGGAGAAACCAUUCACGUGUGAGGUGUGUGACAAAUCAUUCUCGCAGUCUCAGAACCUUUCUGUAAACCAACGCAAUGACAGUGGGGAGAGACCUUUCAUUGUGAGGUGUGUGACAAAGCUUACACACUAUUGAAGCUUCUGGUUCAUCAAAGGACCCACAUGGGAGAGAGACCAUUCAUGUGUGAAGUGUGAGACAAAUCAUUCUCACAGUCAUCAAAUCUGUCUGCACCACUGCAUUCACACAGGAGAGAAACUUUUCACACGUGAGGUGUAUGACCAAUCAUUUUCAGAUUCAUCAAAACUCCUGCUCUAUCAUUCUUUGUUAUUCAAACUCCUGUUCCAUAAGACAGUCCACACAGGAAGAAACCAUUCACAUGCGGUGUGCAACAAAUCAUUCUCGGAUUCAUCGAACUUCCACAGACACCAACGCAUUCACACAUAGGAGAGACUGUUAAAUUAUGUGGUAUGUGACAAAGCCAUCACGCGGUUAUCAAAGCUCAAGAUCCAUAAGAGAAUCCACAUAUGGGAGAAACCAUUCACAUACAGUGUGUAACAAAUCAUCCUCGCAUUCAUCAAGCCUCCAAGUAUACCAAAACAGUCACACAGGGGAAAAACUAUUCUUCAAGUGUGAAGUGUGUGACAAGUCAUUCUCGCAUUCAUCAAGCCUCCAAGUAUACCAAAGCAGUCACACAGGGGAGAAACCGUUCUUCAUGUGUGAAGUGUGUGACAAAUCAUUCUCGCAGUUUCCAAUCUUCUGCAGACACCAAAGAUUUCACAUAAAAGUAACAGUUCAAAUGUGAGGUAUGUGAUAAAGCCUUCACAAAGUUUUUGAAGCUCCUGAUCAGAGCUCACCAGGGGAGAAGUAUAAAGAGAGCAACCAUUCUUAGUCAUCUAAACUCCUGCUCCAUCACAGGAUCCACACAAGGGAGUAACCAUUCAGGUGGGAGGUUUGCGAUAGUUUUCUUGAUAUCUUCGAUGUGAGAUAUCGCUGUGAGUUCUGUCAGAAAUCCUUCACACGGUUGUUGGAUCUCCUGGAAUAUCAGCGAACCCACAUGGGAACUACCUAGCUAGGAUCUUGCCCAAGUUGUCAUCAGAGUGUGAACCCCUCUACAAACUCACUGCAAAGGACGUUCAGUGUUAUUGGGACACAGAACAAGAAGCAGCUUUCACUCACAUCAAACAACUAGUGACAACAUCACCAGUGCUGAGGUACUAUGAUGUCAAUGAUGAAGUCACUAAAGUGAGAUGCCGAUGAAACAGGACUUGGAGCAACUCUCGUGCAGCAAGGACAACCAGUUGUGUUUGCAUCCAGAGCAUUAACACAAACUAAAUGACUCUAUGCACAGAUUGAGAAAGAGUGCCUGGUUAUUGCCUUUGCUUGUGAGCAUUGCAACCAGUACUUGUUCAGGAGAAAGUGAUGGUGCAGUCUGACUACAAGCCACUUCAAAAUAUCUUUCUUAAACCGCUUCUCUCUGUUCCAAAGCAUUUGCAAAGGGUGUUACUUCAUUUGCAAAAAUGUCAUUUGGAAGUGAAGACCUGAACACUUUAAAGGUAAAAGUGCAAUGCAUGUGUAGGGACAGACAAAGUUGGAACAGACUAGAAAGAGCAAAACGUUUUUUUGUUCAAAUGUGAUCAUUUUCUUUAUGUACUAUUUAUGCAAACAAAAAGGAGGAUGUUUGGAUAAACCCCUUUGUACACUGUGGCUUCCCAUAUUAAUGUGACCUCACGUCAUCAAAUGUAAAUAAAAGUUUGAGGGCAGUAACCAUUUUUCACACCACAUGGAACAGUGUUUAAAAUUAACAUGCUCCAAAUAUUUCUGGAGUAACCUGAAGCUUGGGAAACUGACCAGUGAAGCAGAGGUGACAUUGAGCAGCAGAUCAGGUGGGGAUUUAAACGUGUCAUUGUCCCAUCUGUAUAAAACCUCACUUAUCUUAGUUCCACUACCAAACAUUUGACAGAGAUUUCUAAAGUGGGAAUAGCGUUCUUCAUCCUCGGGGGCUUUCCAACUUACAACAUCAGUGUGGGAUGUGUAGCCUCAGGUGAGUUUAACAGCAGAUCAGAAGAGGAAGACUCACAGCACCCAAGGCACCAACGACGUGCAGUGGUGGGAUCAGUACAUGCACAGGGAGAGAGGGAUACAAGAGGGAGGGACAUGGAACCUAGUUCUCCUCUCUUCCUGUAGGUAGUUUAGGGAGUGAUUAGAAUUAGAUUUUAACCAAAGGUGUUAGUUUGUAUUAAAGUAAAUCAACUAAAGCCAAGUGUCUUGAUUGAUUUAAUAACACAAGAUCAAGGAAGCCAUUUUGAGAUGAAAACUAGUGGCUUCUUAAGUCAUUUUGUAUCCUGCAUUAUUGCUUCAGUGUAUUAAAAUGAAUUCAAAGUUUU